AUGCCAUCCUCACCCCCCGAUCACCGCAACUGCUCAAAGCGAGUGGUAAUUCAAAGCGUUGCGAAAAUGGCCGCGGCCCAACUUCCAAAGGCCAAAUUGGCUUCAAAAUCAAGCAAUGGAGUCUCGAAAAAGAAGACGCAGAUGCAUCGCAGGUCAAGAACAGGCUGCUACACCUGCAGGUUAAGGCGGAAAAAGUGCGAUGAGGGAACUCCCAUGUGCACCGCCUGCAAGCACCUUGGCCUCCAAUGUGAAUACAAGAGACCCGUCUGGUGGAGCAACAAUGAUGCGAGGAGAAAACACAAGGAGGACAUCAAGGGCAUCAUCAAGCGCAAGAAGAUGACGGAGAAGACCUCGACCUCGGUCAACACCUCAGUCAGCCCGCCUCCUAGCUUGUCGCACUCGCUGCUCACCUCGGCCACGUAUUCCAACUCGGUGGAUCGCACAAGGUCUGCCUCGAUUGACUCGCACUACUCGGCAGGCUUUGAUUUCAACAGUCCACCCGACGUGCUGGACCUCGGGCCGUACAACCCUCAUCUGGACCCAGACUUCAUGUUCAAUGGCUACUUGCCCUACGAGGUCGACAUCAAGACGGAGCGUCAAAUGUUCGUCAAUGACGUUCCCACACUCAGGGAGUCUCACGUUGCCACUUUCAGCACCUAUCAGACACCUCCACCCCCGGGCACCGUUUUGCCCUGCGGUCAGUUCGAAAACGGAUGGGUGGAGAGCCUGCACGAGGAGAGGAGACUGUCGCUGGCUGAGGAAGCUCUCAAUGUCAACUUCUUCGACUUUGCGCAUGGGCCCCACAACAGCUCGAGACAAGUGAGGAUCGAGCUCGAGGAGAGCGACCAGCGCUUGCUGGAUCACUUUAUCCAAUAUGUUCUCCCCAUCAUUUUCCCCAUCCUCGAGUCUAACCAGCACGGCUCGGUUGGUUCCGACCUGAUCCUCCCCGCCCUGCAGUCCAACAGCGUCUACCUCCACUGCUGCCUCAGCAUCGCGGCGCAGCACCUCAAGACGCACGCCAAGCUGCCCGCCGAGGAGAUUGACCAGGACAUCAUGAAGCACCGCUAUGAGACCAUCUUCUCCCUGUGCGAGUCGCUGAAACGCGACGAGAACCACCAGCAGAUUCUGGAAGCCACCCUGGCCCUCAUCUUCUACCAGUGCAUCGUCGGUUGCUUCGACGAUGGUCUGCUGGACAUUGCCUGGCAUCAGCAUUUCCAAGCUGCCAUCAGCCUCGUUCAGAAACUCGACCUGCCUCGCGUCGUGUCCGACCCUGCUGGUCAGGCCGGACCGACUCCGUUCAACAUGACGCUGACGGGCUGGAUCGAUAUCCUGGGAGCUACCAUGCAUGGCACCUCGCCCACGUUUGCGCACACGUACCGAGAGAAGCACUUGUCCCCGGUCAACUCGCAGCUGGGUCUCCGCGAGCUCAUGGGCUGCGAGGACCGCGUCAUGUAUCUCAUAUCGGAGAUUGCGUGCCUCGACUCCCUCAAGACUGACGGCAUGGAUGACUUCACCCUGUGCCAACACGUCUCCGCCCUGGGCGAGCAGCUCACCCUCACAGAGGUGGGCGACACGGGUCCUAGGAUUCCCUACAAUGCCAACGGCACCUUGUCGCCGAAGCAGCUGUGCAAGAACAUCACGGGUGCUUUCCGCAUCGCCGCCCGAAUCUAUCUGUGCAGCCUCAUCCCCGGCUUCAGCCCCAGCCAGCACUCGCCGCAGGGCCUGGCGGAGAAGCUCGUCAAUGUUGCCCAGUUUAUCCCUUCGGGGCCUCACGGAUAUGACCGCAGUCUUGUUUGGGUCUACCUUGUCGGGGGCUCCGUCAGCUUGCCCGGCAGCAGCUUCCGAGCCUUUUUUGAGGACCGCGUUGCCCAGCUGGGAGACGCUGCCAUGUUUGGCGCUUUCGGCCGAAUGGUGACUGUGGUGCGAGAAGUGUGGAUGUCUGCCGACAAGCUCGCUCAGGUGGCCACGCCUGGAUCGAAUGUCAUGCAUCCGUAUGUCAGUUGGCGGGACGUCAUGCGAACCAAGGGCUGGGACUUUUUACUGAUUUGA